AUGGCCUACCUUGACCAAAAAUAUCUUCCGUGGUGUAUACCUGAAGAUGCAAGGAAGCGAGACUAUCUCAGCACUCUCCCCUCCGAAUUUUUGUCUCAAUUCAUCCAACUCUUACCCGUCAAUACUCUUGGACGCGUGGCUCAGCUUUCUCGAUUCUUCUACGGGUUUGCUACUCCAGCUCUCUACCAGAAAGACGCUCUCAACAAGAACCCACGUUCGAUACUAUGGGCUGCAUGGUAUACCACUACUACAGAGGAUACUGAGAAAUCAGUGAUUAAAAUACUGGAUGUUGCCGUGGCAUAUGGCGGAAAUGUGAAUCGGUUAUUUCGGCUAUGCGGAUCUGCGAUAGCCACGCCUCUCCAUUUGGCUGCUGCCUUUGGGAAUAGAGUAGCAGCAGAAAAGCUUUUACAACUGGGGGCUGAUCCUAAUGCCUUGGGGCAGCAUCUACUCUACAGUCCAUUAUUUUCACCCGGCGGGAAGGAGCUCGCAUCAAGAAUGCCAGCUAGUUCGAUAAGUGUUGCUUCUCGAUAUUCCAAGUGGCGCCCCUUAUUUAUUCCAUUUCUCAAGGAGGAUAAAAGUAUGAUUCGACUUCUGCUUAAACAUGGCGCCUCGCCUGUACUUUCUAUCCCCAUUGAAGAUGACAUGGAGUCUGAAGUUGACCCAGGCGCCAUUAAUGUUUUACAUAUUCUUUCCGCCCGUGAAAGGGAAAAGUUUAUCGAUGAUGUCAGCCUAAGGCUAUAUUUCAGAAAUUAUCCUGAGCUUGCCAAUGUUCCAUUGACGGCAGGAUUGACACCAAUAGUUUUCUCGCUGGACUGUGGCAACGAAAUCGUUUUCAAAGACAUCAUGGCCAAUGGCGGCAACAUUGAAGGUUUGGACCAGACGGGAAGAACUCCGUUGAUGCAAGCUAUCAAGCAUUACUGCAACAAUAAGGAUGAGGACAUACGACAGAGGUAUAUGAAAAUUAUCAAGUAUAUGAUCGGGACUUACAACGCCAAAGUUGGCAAUCUUGAUGACAUUGGCGUGAUGGAGACACCCUUGAUCUGUGCCAUCAAGGCUAUUCCCACGCCUCUCCCCGUGGAUUGGAAACAUAUAGCCCAAGGCGUCAAUGAUAUUAUCAACCUUCUUGUUGGCCAUGGAGCUGAUAUCAACGAGAUAUCAAACGCGGGAUUCACCUUACUCCAUGCUCUUUGCGACAUCAUAUGCAACACUAAGCACACUGGUCCGCUCAUAGAUCUCUUUGAGAAGCUCGUUAAAGCUGGCGCUAACCCCAACAUUCCUUCUGAUAAUUCUCAAUCUGUUUUGGGAGUCUGCAUCAUCAAGCACGGUCGCCAGCCCAUCAAAUUCUUCAAUCGUCUCCGCAAAGUACGUGCGUCACUCGUGGCCCAGGAGGUCGACACCGUAUUCGUGCAGUGGGCAGCGUCUCACAGCUUUCGCAAAUCCUUCAAGAUGUCACCAUAUAGGAAACAUAUUAGUCAAUCUGCUAUUGAUGCUGCCUAUGAGAUCGCCUUCGCCCCAGAUGAUGAGCUUUUUGGAGUGUUGGAGGAGUAUUUCCCAAAAACCACCAUUGCAGAAAGAGUGGCUUCCGAGGCUCUCCUUACUUUGGAAAAUUACUCCAAGCCGUUCGAUUUCGCUCUGCGAUUGGAGUGUUUCGACGGCGGCUACAUCCAUAUCAACGGAAACAGCUUGUUGCAUUCAAUUGUGGACAGGUUAGAGAAAUAUCCGAAGUACAAGGACAUCGAUGCCAGAACCGAUGCUUAUAACGUGCUUCUCCGAGGCGCCAAUCUCGAACAUGAGGAUUCCCAGGGCAAAACGCCGUUGCGGAAGAUUUUAGAUCUUCGAAGCAAAAGAAACUGUACCAUUCUGAGGCUCUUUCUGAGCGACGUGAAAGCUGACUGGGAGGAGGCCGUGCAACAGUGUGGCCGUAGGGAGUUAACAGCGAAGGAGUGGGAGAAAAUUCUUGACGACGCUCUUAAAUAG